AUGUCGACCAACUCCCAAGCUAACGACCCCACUGCCCAGGGCGCCCACCACAAGGGCUCCGAGCUGACACCACAGCAGAAGGUCGACACUUUGCUCGAGAUCACCAAGCACAUCGGCACGGGCAUGCUCACCUCGCGCUCGCCCGAUGGCAAGCUUGCCUCUCGCGCCAUGGCACCCGCCACCACCGAGGGGCUCGUCUUCUCGUUCUACAUGAACACCGACUCGGGCAAGACGGACGACGUCGAGACCGACCCGCAGGUGAACGUCGCCUACUUUGACCCCAAGACCACCGACUGGGUCUCGAUCUCGGGCAAGGCUGUGCUCAACAAGGACUCGAGCAAGAUCAAGAAGCACUGGUCCAGCGCCCUCUCGGCCUGGUUUGACGACAAGAAGGAUGGCAAGCACACAGGCGACCACAAUGACCCGCGAGUCGUGCUCCUGGAUGUGCACCCUGAGGAGAUCCGCGUUUUCAAGGCAGACGGCAAACUGAGCGCACUGGCUCAGACCGCAAAGGCUGCCGUGAGCGGCAAGGCAGCUAGCCCAGGCAAGCUGCUUGUCAUCACCAGCCAGGAGAUCCAGCUCGCUUCCAGCGUGUACAAGCCAGUGCACUGA